UUUAAAUAUGGUGCGCUUUACAUGACGAUUACUUCUACUGUUAGGAUGUCGUCGAACUUAUCGAUUAUCAAAAUAAACCGCACAGCUGAUUUGACAGAAGUAAACAAACCGUUGAGCAAUUUUGUUUUCAUUGCAAUAAAAUACAAAACUUUAGCAUAUGACGUCCAAAAAUAAUUUACAAAAGUGUCGUGCUUGUCUUGUUCCACAAAAUGCAGUAAGCUACGACAUGCGUUUGUUGCCAUUGGUGGCACACAAGUUCUACACUUGCACCGCUAUAUCCAUGGAGGAGGAAGAUUCCUUGCCAGGUGUACUAUGCGGGGAGUGCAAUACACAUCUGGAACAGUUUUAUGCGUUUCGGGAGCGAUGCAUUGCAGCUGACGCGCAGCUGCGGGCGGAGAAAGAUGAGAACUUGCAGACAAAACCAUGUGAGGAUGAAAUUAAAGAUAAUGAAGAAGUCUCCAGGCUGCGUAGUACAGCAAGAAAACGACGAGUUAGAAAGCCAAGCCAAGAAGUUGAAGACCCUGCCAACCCGGUUUCACAGCCAGUUACGGAGCAGAGCUCCUGUUAUAAGUGCGACAUUUGCGACUCUCGCUUCCUGGUGGAGCAUCGUUUGCAGGCGCAUAAGCGUCAGCAUGAGGGACUGACGCCAUACCCAUGCACAGAGACUGGUUGUGAGCGUGGCUUCAAUCGGAUGCACUGUCUUUCGGAGCAUCUCAAGCAGCACUCGGGCACGAAUCGCUGGUUCAACUGUGAUCAGGAGGGCUGCAGCAAGCGCUAUCGCCACAAGCCGACACUAAUAAUGCACAUGCGCCGCAGCCACAAAUUGGGACCCGAGCUUAAGUCGCAUGUUUGUGAGUUCUGUGGCAAAGUGUUUAAUUCAUCGGCUGUGCUCAACGAUCAUCGCUACACGCACAAGGAUAAAUCAGAGCUGCCGCAUGCCUGCUCCGAGCCACAGUGUCCACGUCGCUUUGCCAGCAAGGAGAAACUCAAAGUGCAUCUGCUGCGCCAUGCGGGCAUCAAGAACUUUAGCUGCCCCUAUUGCGGCAUGCGCAAGACCACCAGGAAUGAGCUGAAGAUCCACAUGAACUAUCACACGCUGGAGCGCACUUGGCCCUGUCGCUUCUGCUCGAAGGUCUGCAACAGCUCCGGCAAUCUCAAGAUGCAUGUGCGCACCGUCCACGAGCGGGCCAGAGACUAUGCCUGCAGCUACUGCGAGCGCAGCUUUGCCAAGCCGGAUACGCGCAAGUAUCACGAGAUGACGCACACCGGCGAGAAGCCCAACGAGUGCGAGGAAUGUGGCAAGCGAUUCACUCAACCGGCUGCAUUACGCACGCAUCGCAAAAUUCACGAGCGACAGCGCAAAGAAGCGGAUGCCAACUUGACGAUCGUCGUGGCACCUUCGACUCCCGCGGCUGAUAACAGUUAAUGGGAGAGCGGAGAGAGAUCAAAGAUUAAAUAUGUAUAUAUAUAUACAGACAUCAUCGUCUGCGGCUGCUGCUGCUAAUCAGACAUAUAUAAGCAUUAACUUUGGCUGCGUCACAUUAUUCUAAUCGCUCACGGUCCAAAGUUCGAGUGGCGCUGUUAUAUUUAUAACCGGUACACUUAGAUUAGAAGACUAUGCUGACCAUCGAUUAGAUUGCCUUGAGGUAUGUAAAUAUGUACCGAAAUAUCUGCUAUGGCUAAGAGAGUUUAAUAUAUGUACAGAAAUAUUUGAGAUAGCCAAGAAGUGAAAUAUUCUUAUAGAUACAUUUCUUAUUACCACAAAUAAGUCUAUGUCUGUCUGCUUAUCUGUUCUUUUAAACGCUUGGAUCUCAGGAACUGUAGAGAAAACUAGAGUUAACAAACUGAUUGACAAUAUUUACAUACGAUAUGAGCUAUAUUGCUUGCUUCAUUUAUUAUAUACUGAUUAUUGAUUAGCUGGCUUGUUGUUGUAAUAGCUGAUUAAAGACAAUAUUGUUUGCUUACUUAA